UGGCUCAUGGGAGCUGCAUAUGGACUGGAUUUCGAAGUCUAUGGAUUCGGAGUCGCCACACUCGACAGUGUCAGUAAAUGUCGCCGUAUCAUAGGCAAUGUUAGUGGGGUAUUUUUCCCAAUCAAUGACUAUUAACCGUGUUGUUUGUUUUGUGUGGAGUAUUACAGUUUUAGGCCGUUGUUUGCUUAUUUUGAGGAAUAGUGUACAAAUGUCAUUGUCGGUCCGAGAAUUUAAGCCGCUCCGUGAUUUCCUUUCAUUUCGCGAGCUCGCGGGGAACAUUGAGGAAAACAAACAGGUCGAAGGAAGAAAGAUCGGUAGCCGGUUGGAUGAAGCGGUUGUUUAGCGAAAAAUGAAUCGUUACUAGUGUAUCUUUGUUAUCUAGUUGUAUUUCCAUACAUUUUUGUUUUCGAAUACCGUGUAGGCUAUACCGAGGUGUUGUUGGUUGUGUCGUUAUCUGAGUAUGUUGUCGCUUUCUAACAUUUGGCAAGGGCUGCUGGAGCGCAUAGUCUAUCCUCUGCGGCUUCGUGUUUUUCUCGUCCUUAUUUAGCUAUCAAUUCAAAUUUGACGUGCAUCGUUACAAAUUGACGUGUUGACGCUUCAAACUCCGUGUAACGGUUUAUCGCUAUGCAUACUAGGCGUUUGGUGAAACGUUCUAUCCUCGGAAGCCGCGUUUAUGCGCCGAGUCCGACGGAUGACGGGACGCCGCUGACAGGAGUGGUCCAGGCUGUCAAGCAAGAAAACAGAGGCAUCUUGACCGGACCCCGGCGAAGUGUCUACACGGUGCUUCUGCAAGACGGAAGCCUGAAAGAAUUUUCAGAGGACGAGAUUGCCGUGGGGUUCAACCAAACGACUGCAAAAGGACCCCUAAAGUCUAGCUUAAAGCACACUUCCAGUAACGGGGCUCCACAGACUCAGGUCCCGGACGUCCAGAGGGCAGACGUAUGCUCCCUGAGCCCCGAGGCGGCAGAGGAGCUGCGGGUGGAGAACGGCAGGCGCCCGGGCCGCCCCAUGGAGCCUCCGGAUAGAGAGCACCCUCGCUCCGUGUCCCUGCUGGAGCAGAAACGCAAAGUGGUGUCUUGCAGCAUCGAUGUGCCCCAUGCCAGGUAAGACGAGCGUGCCACUAGGGCUUCCAGCCGUAACAGGAUGUGAUCAAGAAAUCCUGGCUUGGGUUUUUAAUGAAGUCAUAUGGGAUGCAGCUUUGCGAAACUGGGUCAACAUAUGGGUAUUUUAUAUGAUGUGAGGAGCCAAUCUUUUUGCUUGAUCUGAUAUUAAAAUCUAUAGGCCGUCAAAUAUCGCACAUGGCUUAAAGUAUACAAUUGCACGUAACAUGUCGAUGCAGUGACUGUGUUAGUGUAAUACCGCGCUAAAUUCCAUAUGGCUGCAUUCCUAUAUCCGAGUUGCAUCUGAUUGCAAACCGUAGAGAUGAUCAAACGCAUUGACUCACAUUAAGUCUAGCGAUUUAUCUUCAUCACAUUUAUAUUGCCUCGGAGUGGUGCACCAAUUUCGAAAGUGCUAACCUGGCACCGAUCUCUGCCUGGGUCGUAAGAUCAAAGUGCGUUCCAAUACACAAAACGCCGAUCCCUAAACAUAAGCUUUAUCGGCUAGCUAAUGUUUUUUUUUAUCGCCUGCCCAACCUUUCGAUAGGAUGACAUCCAGCCAUCUGAGGUGAGUAGUAUGUGUGCAGCAAAACACGACAUGCAUAUUUGAUUGAUAUGCCUGAGGUUAACUCACUAUCUUGAUGGUAUCACGCAUUAUAGCCGCAGUCGCCAAGUAAACACAUCAAAUGUUACUGCGGUGUGGUUUACAACAGGUCCAGCAUGUUUUUCUCUCUCAGGUACAUUCAAAAACGUACGCCCCUAUGGUUGUCUGCCUUAGGUCAGCACAAAUGGCUCUCUCAGGCCCCAGCUCGACAGUAAUUAAAUGUGAAUACGUGGCAGCAAAGUGCUAUCUGAUAAAGGAAGGACACACUUUCACCGUUAAAUGGGAAAGCACUAAUCCAUUGUGAAGUGUCUUCAGUUAUCGAGCCGCACUGGACAUCAAUUCUUCUUAGCCGGGAUGGGGACUCGAUCGGAAAAUACCAACUUGAUCACGAUAUUUGGCAGUUAUCUUUCGAUUUGAUAUUUCUAUGUUGAUUCAUUAUUGAUUCGACUUAAUUUCCCACGUCUCAUCUCUCACAUCUCUCAUGAGAACAAAUUUAUUGCAUUGCCAAGAAAGAUGUUUCAUUUAGUAAUAAGCCCCUUGCAUUUCACUGCGGAUAUCAUUUACAUUUAAUUAUGAUUCCGGAAUGGUCUAUCGACUAUCUGAACAGCUGUGCACGAGUUAAGCUUGUUACUUUUCACUCAAGGACGACUUGCUAUUAAUCCUCCAAAUCCUGCAUAUCCCUUCGAUGAUAUCAUUUGUUCAGCAUUAUAUUAUCUUCUCCAAAUGGUGAGUGGACACUGCUGUAUGGCUUUAUGUUGAGACUGACCCAAGGCACCAUCUUCUCAGAACCUUCUGUUGGCCCUUAAACAGACUUGUGUGAGAUCAUGGUGUUACCCUCCACUCAGGGUUGAAUCUAUUCACUAAUACAAAGGCUUUCAGAACUGCUGUAGCAUGUUAGCUCAAAAAGGUUGUAUGAUCAUGUGAAGUAUAGUAUUCUACGAGUUUCUGUGCCCCUCUAACCCAUGUUCAUUCCUGUUCUAAUUGUCUCCCUUUUCCUAAGCAGUUGACUCAGAUUUUGACAGGUAUCAAGAUUAAACAGACUGCAUAUGAAGGGACAGGGAGCCGGAAACAUGUUUUUUGUACUGUGAGGAUGUCCUUGAACAUUCAAAGAAUGUCCUGAAAAGGGAGAAAGCGCUGUUUGUGCUUCCUCCAUUGUCGUUCCAGAUUUAACUGCACCCAACUUUUAAAGGCAGUGUCAGUAAUGUUUUUGUGUGUGGAUAUCAUGUCAAAGAUAGAGCCAAGAAGUUAGAUGUGAAUGGUUUUCCUCCUCUGAAGUUUAAAGAAAGGAGACGUUGUCAUUACUGCCCAUGCAAAUAUAGUGUUUUUUUUGGACACGUUUAGACCUAAUCUCAGUUAACUUCAUUUUCUUUUCUUCUGUUUGCUCACCGAAAACAAACCAGAACAUUCUCCAAUGGUUGGAGUUUUCCAUCCUCUUACUGCCAUGAUGAUGAGCAUGACAGCACAGCUAUCAGUGGGAGAUGUUCUCUGCAUAUCUUGACAAGCGUUUUUCAUUUGUCAUUCCAACUGGUUGGGUUGUUCCAUCAUGUCUGACAAGCAAAAUCAGGAACACCUUGUCGAAAACAUACUUUUUAAACAUUUGCCUCACAUCCAGGCUAAUAAAUGAACUAGGGUCAUUCUUACAAUACAAGUGCCAAAAACUGGUUCGCGUUCCCAUUCUAGUGUUCUGGCAUAGGCUCAGUGGUGACCUCUAUAUCUAGGCCGGUAUUGCCUUGAGAUUAAAAUCCAUUACGCCAUCCUGUCACACACCUGUGACCAAUUUCAGUGCUGUUGCUUGGGGGGGUACCAACUACAGAGUAAAGUUGAUUUGUAAUGGACAUUGGAGUGAAAGAGAGGGUGAAAGAAACAAAUGAUAAAGAACGGAUAACGGGAGGAAGGGUGGCGUACGAGAGAGACGGCGAGUGGCAAAAGAGAGAACGGAGGCUGUUUCAGAAGGAGGAAGGGGGAAAAGGAAAACGGAAAGAGUCAAAAGUGCUGGAGGAUUUAGGAAUCAGCUCCUUGGAGGUCUCUGACCUUGAGGUUCCUAUUUGAACCUUCAAAGUUCCCUGGUACUCCGGUGAUUUAGCAGAAAGCCCUGGGUCGUUUCAGAGGCCCGCAGUAAUCCAGACAAGAUGGGGGUUUCCACCUCAGCAGGAACUUGUUCCACAGACUCCUUUCAAUUAGGGGACAAAAUCAAGGAAAACACACGCCAUGUCCAGACCCCAAUGGGAGUGUGUAGAUAGCAUUUCAGCCUCUUGUCAGCUAUUCUGUAGCUCAUUAUGACAUCAAACAGCUUUAUCUGUUUACAGCACAAGCACAAGAGCAUUCUGUUGAAUCUCGCUCCAAAAUCAAUACACCCUACAUUAUAUGAUGACUGACCAAUUUUUUCCCCCCGAAACUAAGGGCAAUUCCCUGAGAAAAGUUAAUAAAAUGUAUACAUAGAUAUAUUAGUAGGCCUACUCUGUCAGCAUAUGGGACUGCUCGCGGAGGAUUUAAGGUACAAUUUGUUUAUUUCACAACCACUUAUAGCUUGCUCAGUCGCUCUCCCAAGAGUGGCCCAUGGAUGUCCAGUUUUGCUUCCAUAGUUUGAACCAGCUGAAGGUUCUACUGUUUAUUCCCAUAGCAUGAAACUGCCAAUUGUAACAAGAGCUGGCAAGUCCUCUGGUGGAAAUGAAGGGCUCUGAAUUUGUUAAAUGGCUUUUUAGAAAGUAAUUGCAAGCAGGGUAUGGGAAGUCUAGUUGAAGCGGAAAUAAAGAAAACACUUUUCUUUAUUUUAAGUACAACAACCACAACUGACCUUCAUGUUUGAGUUUUAGAGUGAAUUCCUUAAGACACACUUUUUAAAUGAAGCUGAUGUCUUUGGUCUGUCCAUGUAAAAAGUGCCCAGACUUCAAAAAGGAAACUGUUGAUUUCUGGGAACUGCAAGUAGGCGAUUAACGCGGCAACUGAAAAGGAAUGCCCGAUCGAUUGCAUCUAUACUUCAGACUUGCUUAUUUGUCUGGGUUUGUGUUUUUACAGCUUGUGUGAGGUGGCAAGUGAUCUCAGUGCUGAGUGACGUGUUGGACGAUCCAGCUCAGGGCAGUGGCCAACUGGCAGAAGCGGAACAAAGCCCCGAUCCUUUUUGUUCCUCGUGACUGUAUCAUUUUCUCGAUAAAGUUGCAUGUUCAGUGAACACUUGAAGUCCCCUCUCCUUCUUGCCCGCUGGAGCGUCCCCAGGCGUCCUGGCCACAGGCCGCGCCAACGAGGACGGAUUUCAAAAUAAGAGAAAAGGGGAGAGCGGGGGUAGGCUUUUGUCACAAGCGACCGCGACUUGAAUGUGGCAUUGGCACAAAAAGCUUGCUCAGCAGAGAGAGGAGUGAGGCAGUUUAGCACUUGCUAGAGAAAGAGGGGGAAAAGCAGGGCUCCUGGGAAUAUGAUGGCGGUUGGAGAUGCAAGUUUCGAAAGCAUAUGAUUACCACCUGGAAGCUUCCCUCUGCUCCUUUCUCUCUCUCACUUUCUCUCUUUCUUACUUUUCUCUUUAUAGCGUCAAGGUCUAGAGGCCCUCCAGCCAGGCCGCAGCUUUCUCU